CGUGUCAGUUUCAAUAGUCGUGUCAAAGUUCACUAUAUACAGCCAUCCGCGCAGAUUUCCCCUUUCAGAAAAAUUACUCCGCAAGCCCGCUCGUUCAAAUCGGAUUCACUUCCAACCCCCUUUUGCAUAUUUGAUCAGUUUGAUUCUCUCUCUCUCCCCUUAUUUUUGCCUCCUCUUGCAUGAGAGAGGUUCUAUAGCUCCUUUUUUUCCACGACGUCGACUCCUUUUUUUUUGUAGUCUCUUUUUUUUUCUCUCUGCUGGCGAGUUGUUGACUCUCUUCGUGUGUGUGUGUCUGUGCAGUUCCUACCAGUACGGCGAAGAAUUUAUGAUCAGUUGAUGGUCGGGCAGUUCUACUCCGGAUCGUGCAUCUGCCUUCAAGAGUCGAUCCUUUUUUUUUGUUUUUAAUCUUUAACCUUUCAUCCCCCUUCGUCCUUUUUUAAUGGGUUUCCUGAAUGGCUGACUGCGUGCUUCCCUGGUCCUGGCCCCCCGACACUCGCCUCUUCUCUGCCGAUCGGGUUUGAACUGCUACUCUUUCUCUCUCUCUCUCUCUCUCUCCCUCUCUCUCCCUCCCUCUCUGUAUUUUUUUUUGUUGCUGUCAGCUAAUCGACUCUUCCUCCUUCAUUUUCCUGAUCUGCCGAUUCAAAGACAAGACAGGUUUUUUUUUUGUCUGAUAACACUCUGCCCCGAGAUAUGGCAAUGGUAGUUAGUACGUGGCGAGACCCGCAGGACGACGUGGCCGGAGCGCAAGGCACACAGCCACCCCCGCCUCAGCAAGGACCGCAACCGCCUUCUGGAGCACCCCUUACCCCGCAGACCCCAGGCCAGCCGGGAGCCCCGGGCACCCCGGCCCAGUCAAACCAGCAGAACCAGCAGCAAGGCGAAAAGCAGCAGCAGCAUAUCGAGUGUGUGGUGUGCGGGGACAAAUCGAGCGGCAAACACUACGGCCAGUUCACCUGCGAAGGUUGCAAGAGUUUCUUUAAGAGAAGUGUGCGCAGAAACUUGACGUACACAUGUCGUGCCAACAGGAACUGCCCCAUAGACCAACACCACCGCAAUCAGUGUCAGUACUGUCGCCUGAAAAAAUGCCUCAAAGUCGGCAUGAGACGGGAAGUCUGUUCUUUUCGCACUGCAGCAGUCCAAAGGGGAAGAAUGCCACCCACACAACCGACUCCUGGCCAGUUCGCCUUGACAAACGGAGACCCACUCAACUGCCAUUCCUAUUUAUCGGGAUAUAUCUCCCUGUUACUGCGGGCCGAGCCCUACCCGACCUCCCGCUACGGCAGCCAGUGCAUGCAACCGAACAAUAUCAUGGGCAUUGAGAACAUUUGUGAACUGGCCGCUCGGCUGCUCUUCAGCGCCGUGGAAUGGGCGAGGAAUAUCCCUUUCUUCCCGGAUCUUCAGAUCACAGACCAGGUAGCCCUGCUAAGGCUGACCUGGAGCGAGUUGUUUGUUCUGAACGCUGCCCAGUGCUCCAUGCCUCUCCAUGUGGCUCCUCUCUUGGCCGCCGCCGGGUUGCACGCGUCUCCUAUGUCUGCAGACAGGGUCGUUGCCUUCAUGGAUCACAUAAGGAUCUUCCAGGAGCAGGUCGAGAAACUCAAGGCUUUGCAUGUCGACUCGGCAGAGUACAGCUGCUUAAAGGCCAUCGUCCUCUUCACUUCAGAUGCUUGUGGCUUGUCUGAUGUGGCCCAUAUAGAAAGCUUACAGGAGAAAUCGCAAUGUGCUCUGGAGGAAUAUGUUCGCAGCCAAUAUCCGAACCAACCGACCCGCUUUGGGAAGCUUUUACUUCGCCUCCCUUCUCUUCGCACCGUCUCAUCUUCUGUCAUCGAGCAAUUAUUCUUCGUCCGUUUGGUAGGUAAAACCCCCAUAGAAACCCUGAUUCGUGAUAUGUUACUAUCCGGGAGCAGCUUCAACUGGCCUUAUAUGUCGAUUCAAUAAAUAGGAGGGCAAAAAAGGCAAGUGACAUUAUUUUGCAAAUUCCUUCUGUAAGGGAGGAAAUAAAAGGCUGUUACAAGUUUACCUAUGUGACACAAAAAAAUGAAGAGAGGGAAGAAAAAAAAGGACUGUGGAUUUCAAUGACUGUACAUGAACUUAAAAAAAACGCAUUCAAAAACUCUCCUGUGUCGUUCAGAACAACUUGCUACUUAUCAUUUUUGUAACAAAAGGAAAUUAGUCUUUUAUUUUGGUUUAUUUUGUAAACUUUUGAGAAAUAUCGAUAUAAAGAUAAGUGCAUUUAAACAAGAAUCUCAAAAUUAGGAGGAAAGAAAAUAACAUUUUCCAAAUUAUUAUAAAUUGUCCUGUGUCUAUGUAUCUAUAGCUGUUUUGUAUUUUUCCUGGUUUCAAACCAGUCUCCUCUGUGAUUCUCUACUAAUAAUUUUGAUAUAACCAUUGCUUCUUAUCAGAUACGGUGUAUCACGUAAAUAUGUUCUGCAAGAAUUAAAACUGAAUCCACUAAAACGUUAGACGAAAGGUUUUAUUGACAGAAUUGAAACUUAAUGCUGGAAACGCACUUAUAGUGUUAACUCAUAAGACGUUUAAUUUGGGGAAGAUGGACUGCAGACCUAUAUUAAAUGAUACACACUUGUAAUUUAAAAAUCCAUUGUUGAAAACUCGUUAAUAUUGACAUGU